UCGAUAGCAUCAACUCUCUCAAACCGACCUCCACAAAAAUUAAAAUUCAAAACCCUAAUUCUCUCUCUCUCUCUCUCUCUCUCUCUCUCUCGGGCAUUUCUGAGCGGCGAACCUAUCGACUCACUCUCCGAAGACCUCAAGCGCCAGCGAUCCCAAAGUAACUCUCUUCUCCAGGAUGGAAUCUCAAGUGAAGCAUGCUGUUGUGGUGAAAGUUAUGGGUCGAACUGGAUCGAGAGGUCAGGUGACUCAGGUGAGAGUCAAGUUUCUGGACGAUCAGAACCGAUUCAUUAUGAGGAAUGUCAAGGGACCAGUGAGGGAAGGCGACAUUCUUACCUUACUCGAGUCAGAAAGAGAAGCUAGAAGAUUGCGAUGAUAAAGUUGUAGUUAUUCUAUGGCACUAUCAGUGGGGAAUUUUGAGGUGGAUGUUUAAAUUUUCUACCCCUGAACACUUGGUUUGAUUUUCCAUUUACGAAUCCGGUACUCCUUGAGGCAUAACUUGGGUAUAACUUUAAGAUUUGUUGUUGAACUCGGAUUGAAAUGUAGUCGUUCUUCUAGUUCUACUUAUGAAAAAGUGUUUCUUUCAGCGUUAAAA